AUGAAUAUCAACAAUAUAAAUGGCACAACCGCUGUCGCCGCCCUUUGCGGCGUUAAACCAUUACACAAAACAGCCCAUUGGGAAUUGUGGUUUUGCUAUCUACGACAAUAUGCGCGCGAUAACCAUGUAUGGGAAUUUGUUGAUCCUGACGUACCUGCGAGUGAACGCCCUGAGCGUUUGAAAAUGCCCGACUUUCCUGAGAACUUCUAUGAACUGUCUCGGAAUGAUCAAAAACAUGAAAUGGAGAUGCUCCGAUUUCUCCAGCCUAGGUGGGAGCUUCAAGAUCGCGGACUGAGAGCUGUUAAAGCACUUAUUCACGCAUCUGUUGAACCACACGUCGACCUACUGCUAUAUUACUAUGAAGAUGAUAUUGCUGCACGUGUCCGUUACCUCCGAGACCGCUUCUCACGCCGUGGACAGGAUAUUGAGGAUCUUGUACCAAUGGAGUGA